CCUGCCUUCGCUGAGAAUGCCAGAGAUACUCGGUAAUGGCGACAGGUUUGCCUGCCCAGCUGACAUGUCAUAAUAUGGUGUGGGAAGUGAAAAGUCAGUCUGUCCCUCAGAGAGUUCAGGAAGUCCAGGCUCAGAGCUCAGGUAUGGAUGAGGCCUUUGACCUGCUUAAGUGCAACGAGCACCUGCCCUCCUCUCCCGGCUGCCCUGCUAAGGAGAGCCACAUGGAGUAUGAUGACCUGCCUGAGCUGCAGGAGGUGCAGGAUGACCAGUCGACCCCCGGUGUGUUCCAGGUGGCCCCGGGUGUGUCUCAUCAUGAGGAAGGGCCCGGCAGCGACUCGCAUACAAACUGGCUGACCGAACUGGCCAACAUCGCCACCAGCCCUCAAAGCCCCCUGCUUCAGAACGCCCCUCACACUCGGUCCUCUCCUGUCCACAUCUUCUCCAGCAGUAGCAGUUUACAUUCCUAUGCUAGGCCUCCUCUGUCUUCCAGCAGCGCCCCCAGUCCUGCCCGCAGCCACAUGAGAGAACGCCGCCGCACACGGGCCAGCAGUGAGUCAGAGUCGGGUGUUUUCUGUAUGUCCUCUCUGUCUGAUGAUGAUGAUCUGGGAUGGUCUCAUUCCUGGCCCUCCACUGCCUGGCACUGUUUCCUAAAAGGAACACGUCUGCGCUUCCACAAAGGCCCGAAUGUGGAGUGGCAGGAGGCGGAGGAUGUGCUGGAGUCUGAUGAAGACUCUGAUGAUGAAGGAGGAGCACAGUCCAACCCAAUGAAGAGCUACGGCUCUGAUGGUCUAAAGCUGGUCAUCUUUGAGGAGAGCGUCUCAUUUGGUCAGUCUGUCCUGAAGUUAACCUUUGACCCCGGUUCACCUGAGGCAGGACUUCUGACCGCUGAGUGCAGUUUGGACCAUCCCUUUUUUGUGAAAAAUAAAGGCUGGUCUUCUUUCUAUCCGAGCCUCACCGUUGUUCGGCACGGGAUUCCCUGUUACGACAUGCAAGUUGGAGACUUGUGUUUGCCUCCAGGACACCGCGACGCCAUCAACUGUGACGACUCGGUGGUUUUUGAUACUUUCAAGAGUUACGACUUCACGCCUCUGGACUCGUCCGCCGUGUAUGUUCUGAGCAGUAUGGCCCGCCAGCGCCGCGCCUCUCAGUCCAGCGGGGGCGCCAUCAGUCCCGACUGUGACAAACUGGAGGCGCUUGGUUUCACGCAUCACUCCUCCAGCAGCAAAUCACAGCGCAGCCACGCCUCAGGGAGCUCUGGAGCCACGCCCACAAAGUGCAAGCGGCCAAUGAACGCCUUCAUGCUUUUUGCCAAGAAGUACAGGGUGGAGUACACACAGAUGUACCCCGGGAAAGACAACAGAGCCAUCAGCGUGAUUCUGGGCGAUAAAUGGAAGAAGAUGAAAAACGAGGAGAGGAGGAUGUACACCAUGGAAGCGAAAGCUCUGGCCGAGGAGCAAAAGCGCCUCAACCCAGACUGCUGGAAACGCAAGAGGACAAAUUCGGGCUCACAGCAAAACUAGCUUGAGGAUGAUCACGGAGACAUGAACUGGACAGCAGGAGACGGACACGACACACAUUCUCUUAAAGGAAUGAUAAACCGCAACUGUGAUGCUACACGCACUUGCUUUCGGAAAAACAAACAAACAAACAAAGUAAUAAUUACAAUAAACGUCUUCAUCAGAAGAUGCAUUUAGUAAAUAUACGAAUGAAAGGCAAAUCGUGGUAUAAUUAUAUGCGAUAUUAAAAAAAGAAAAUGUAAUCUCGUCGACUAACAAUGCUUGUGUAUUUUUCUUAUCCUUUUCGAAAAUGACAAAAAUGCCUUACUCUUCCAAAGCAAGACAACGCUCAGUUCUUCUAUCAGGUAAUUUUAUACUUCUAGGCUUGAAAGGUGCAACCCUGUGGUGCUAUUUUACUGAGGCCGAAGGAGCGAUAUAUAUAUAAAUACAAAUAAUGUCUAUUUUUAAAUGUAAAAAGGGGAAAUUUAGACGUCAGCAUGUUUUGUUUUCGUUUUCUUCAGCUGUUCAUAUUAAUUAUAUUUGUAUAACUCAACUUAUUGCACAGACUCAGAUGUAUUGCAAACAGACGAAUAUUGUUGAAUUCGUCGAUAUGUGCUGGAAAGUGGUUGAACUUGAUACGACACCGGUCCAGCCUAGGCCAUAUUCAGUGUGUGUGUCUUCGUACCUGUGUGCAGAAGUGUGUGUGUUAUAGUCUAUCCAUACGGCCAUAUUAUAGGUGAAUAGUCUCACACACAUGCACACAAAUACAACGACACGCAUAUUGUCACAUACAGCACUUCAGGGCCAUGCCUUCACUGUAAGUGUUCUUGUUUUUGCACUUUAUAUUCAUAUAUAACCUUAUACAACCAAUAAAUGUAUACAAGCUGAAAUGUUGUGUAAAAAUAUAUAUAGAUCUUGAUGUAUCCUUUGACACAAUCAUGGCCAAACUGAGCAACUGAGUGUUGUGCUUUGUGUGUUUGCCAUUGGAUUGCAUUACAAAUACAAUUUUUGUUUUGUUAAUAUUGUACAGGUCCACGUUCCCAUCCAUUUCUUGCACAAACUAUUCUUGUAUCAUAUUAUAAAUAAAAUGUUAAACUCGCUACCCUAAA